CCAUGAAAUCACCUCCAAACUCGGCGCCCCCGAGGCCCUUAUGAUACCCGCUCCGCCCGCCCUCCCGUCUCCCGCAACAAUGGCCUCCAGAACCCAGACCGUCGCUGCCAAAGCGAAGCAGAAACUCUCCUCCAUGUCCUCCAAGGCGCAGCCCGCCAUAGAAUUCGCACACCAGUCCGAGCACCUUGGCCAGUACACCGUCGACCAGGAGAACCAGCGGGAGGGCUCGACUCACGCAGUCGAAGCCAAGUUUAUUACUAGCCAGGACCCUGUCAUCGCCACGGCCAAUGGCGGCCGCCUGCCCGCCGUGCCCGUCGAGGAGGCCAUCAAACUCAACAAACUCAGGGACGUCCUCGACAACCGCGACCCUUCGCAAAACAAGCCUGUCGAUCCCAGUUCGCGUGAGACCAAUGAUGGAACCGUACACGGCGCAAAGCCAAGCAGUUCGGCCAUGUCCGAGAGAGAUGGUUCCAAACCAGAUGCGACACUAAGGGACGCCGUCCCACCAUCGAGGACGAAUCCCCUAUUCCCCCCACUGCCAAUGGAUCCUAAUCAGUACCGGCCAUUCUACGAAGAGGAAUUGAGGAGGAAAGAGGCGAGGAAGAAAGCAGAAAAAGCAUGGAAGCAACGUCAACAGAGGAACGAGAAGUGUCCGGAUAAAGAGCAUGCCACCGACUCGACAGAAGACUAUCCAAUUAUGGAAGGCGGGCCUGAUCCGCUGGUCUGCGACGUUAGUUACUAUGCGCGGAGGGUUGGUUUAGACUGCGAGACUUUUUUGGUUCAGACGGAAGACGGCUUCAUAAUAGAGCUGUGGCAUAUUUACGAUCCACGCGACUACCGCCCCGCAUCCUCGCCGGACAAGGGUCCCCAUUCUCCGGAAAUCUUCCGCCCAGGCUUUGCUGCUGAGGGAGCCAAGAACGGUGCUUCUGGCUCCCAGUUCCCCUUUGGACAGAGGAAGUACCCGGUUCUCAUGAUGCACGGUCUUUUACAAUCAUCUGGAGCUUUCUGCUCCAAUGACGACAAGAGUAUGGCUUUUUUCCUGGCCAAGUCUGGCUAUGAUGUCUGGUUGGGAAACAACCGCUGCGGCUUCACUCCGCGCCACAACAUGCUCAAGUACGAGGAUCCUCGGAUGUGGGCAUGGAAUAUCCGCCAAAUGGGCGUCAUGGACUUGCCCGCGCUCAUUUCCCGCGUUCUGUCCGAAACUGGAUUCGAGAAGCUCGCCCUCAUAGCCCACUCGCAAGGAACAACGGAAACCUUUGUCAUGCUGGCGAAAGAACAGCGACCAGAGAUUGGCGAGAAGAUAAGUGUUUUCUGUGCGCUCGCCCCGGCGGUGUACGCGGGUCCCCUGAUCGGGAAGAUGUACUUCAAGUUCAUGCAGGUGAUUAGCCCAGGCAUGUUCCGUGUAAUCUUUGGCAUCCAUGCCUUUAUCCCUUUCAUGAUGCAUAUGCACAAGAUUCUUCCUGGCAAAUUCUAUGGUGCUAUGGGCUACCGCAUCUUCUCCUUCCUGUUUAACUGGACCGACGAGCGUUGGGAAAAGGAUCUACGCAAUCGCAUGUUUCAAUUUGCACCCGUUUUCGUCUCGUCUGAAAGCAUGCGCUGGUGGCUCGGACGUGAGUGCUUCGCAAGGCAGAAGUGUAUUCUGGCGACGCGCCGAGAGAAGGAGAUGGAAGAGAAGGAAGACGACAUGGCCGAACGCCAGGAAAAGAUGCGCCAGUACUACCGCCACGGCUCACGCAACGAGCACUCGACAGAGCGCCGCGACGAUUCGCCCUCGUCGAGCUCUUCUUCCCGUAGCCAGAGCCCAGCCGAAGGCGAAGGCAACGAUAAUCGCGGGCACUACGACCACCGCGGCCGCCACGCAUGGUACGAUGAGCGGGUUCCGCCGAUGGCGCUAUGGGUGGCAGGCAACGACGACCUCGUCGACGGGCGGCGACUACUGCGGCGCUUCGAGUGCGGCCGCGAGCCCUACGUCGACGUGGUGCACAGCAAGAUCAUCGAGGGGUACGAGCACCUCGACGUCAUCUGGGCCAUGGACGCACUGGACAAGGUGGGCAAAGAAGUGCGCGAGGUGAUCUGGCGCACGGCGCCCGAGGAGGCGCGCCGCGCGUGCAAGAUGCCCAGCGAGUGCCAGGACCUGCAGCCGUACAAGCGGAUGAACGGCCGCAUCGAGGUCGACGACAUGGGCGACCAUCGCGCGCGCACCGGAGUCGAUGCCAGUGCUGGCGAGUGGAUCGAGGAGGUGCAUCGCCAGACUGGGGACAUGAGCGUAAAGGACGUGGCGACUGCGUAGGGGAGACAGACACAGACCCACCGUGCUCAACUUCCUAGGAAGCUGUUGCUUCCGUUUUCGUUUUUCGCCCCCAGCUUCCUAAUGUUUUUUGAUACCUGGUUGCAUAUGAUCUUUUUGGUUGCGUAGACAGACUACUACACUUUGGAUACACAUGGCCCACGGGCUUUCAUUUCACCAUAGCAAUAUCGAUACCU